AUGGGCAACACGCAGGAGAGGCCAUCAGAGACGAUCGAUCGCGAGCGGAAACGCCUGGUAGAGACGCUGCAGUCGGACUCGGGGCUGCUGCUGGAUGCGCUGCUGGCACGGGGCGUGCUCACCGGGCCCGAAUACGAGGCGCUGGACGCGCUGCCUGAUGCCGAGCGCAGGGUACGCCGUCUGCUGCUGCUGGUGCAAAGCAAGGGCGAAGCCGCCUACCAGGAGCUGCUGAGCUGCGCCCAGCGAACCGUGCGCGCGCCCGACCCCGCCUGGGACUGGCAGCACGUGGGCACGGGCUACCGAGAACGAAGCUACGACCCUCCAUGCCCAGGCCACUGGACUCCUGAGGCAGCUGGCUCAGGGACCGCAUGCCCCUGGCUGCCCAGAACUUCAGAUUGCGAUGACGCCCGGGGUCCUGUGGACUCCGAGGCAGCGCAAUCCGGAACCCUCGAGGAAACUGAGCCAGAGCUGGAAGCUGAGACCUCUGAAGGGGCUGAGCCGGAGUUGGAACCCCAAAUGGAUCCUGAACCAGAGCCAGGGACAGAACCAGAGCCAGAACUGGAGCCGGAGCCCGACCUAGAGGCUGGGGACGAAUCUGAAGAUUCCUGA